GAAAGUGCUCCCCGCCCAUGUUCAAUCCGCACCUUCUCAAACGCACCACCAUGGCUUCCUCGCCGAAAGAAAGCCAGAAAGUACUUGAGGGCAUCUUUGCUAUCAACAAGCCUCAAUGGGCAUCUUCUGCCGGCGUACUCCGCGAUCUACAAACGCACUUCGACAAAUCGACCCUGUUCGCACCAUGGCUCACACACACCAAGCGCGCGAUGGAGCUCUCCAACUCCAAAAAGAAGCAUAUCCAGAACCUCAAGGUCAAACUCGGACACGGCGGCACCCUCGACCCCCUCGCAACGGGCGUUCUUAUCGUCGGUGUAGGACGCGGGACCAAGUGUCUUUCGCGCUUCCUCGAAUGCACCAAGUCGUACGAAUGUGUGGUGCUCUUCGGUGCUGCAACGGAUAGCUACGAUGCUGUGGGCAAAAUUGUGAGCAAGGGCGAAUACCAGCAUGUCACAAAGGAGUUGGUGGAAGAGAAGCUCGCUCAGUUCAGAGGGAAAAUCAUGCAGAAACCGAGCGUGUUCUCAGCAUUGAAGGUCGACGGGAAGAAGAUGUAUGAGUAUGCCAGAGCGGGCGGGGAUAUCCCUGAGGUGCCGGCAAGACCAGUGGAAGUAGAGAAGCUAGAGCUUGUAGAGUGGUUGGAGCCCGGAUCGCAUGAGUUUGCCUGGCCGAAGGAGGAAAUCGAUGGCACAGAGAAGGUUGGCGCGGAGAGACUGUUGGGCAUACGGCAAAAGGAUGCAGACGUUGCAGCGUCACGAGGCAAGAAAAGGUCGCGAUCGCCCGAAGAUGCGCUUGUCACAGGCGAGGACCCGGUGUCCAAGAAAUCCAAGGACGACAGCGAACAUUCCAUGUCAGGCGCUCUUCCAGUAGAAAUAGCCUCAACAGAAGCAUGUCUCGAGGAAGCUCCAGUGGAAGCAACCCCUACAGAAGGCCCUGCAGACGAAGCUCCACCAGAAGCAAGUUCUGCUGACGGAAAAAAGACCGAACCUACAGAGGAUGUGCAACCAAUUGAACCAUCGCCGGCGCAGACCUCUUCACCACCCAAUCCCCCGGCAGCCCGUCUCCGCAUGACCGUAACCUCCGGCUUCUACGUCCGCUCCCUCUGUCACGACCUCGGUAUAGCCUGCAACUCGCUCGGUCUGAUGUCCGCUUUGAUACGCACGCGACAAGGCGAUUACGAGCUGGAAAAGAAUGUGCUCGAAUACUCUGACUUGGAGGCCGGCAUCGAUACAUGGGAACCCAAGGUGCAGAAACACCUAGAAGAGUUCAUGGAGAAGGAGGGAUGGGAAGCGGAAGAGGUUCUCGACGAGGAGGAGUGGAAAGAGAAGGCCAAGGAGCAGCGGAGAGACAACGAUAGGAACAAGAGUUAUCGUGGAGGUAGGAAGCAAUGGAGGCGGUGAUGUGAUUCGUGCUGCUUCACUUUGAUUCCUACAUAUCUUUGAGAUACCCCUUCAUAUUUGAAUCAUGUUUGAA